AUUUUAGAAAAUGUUUGAUUACGUUUACAUGCUUCUUUUAGAAAACGUCUUUUGCAGUUAUCUUAGAUUCGUAUUAGUUACGACAUGUUUAUUAUUCUGUAUUUGGUUUAUAAAGAAACGUUUGGAUUAUAACUUCAGGCUUCCGCCGGGUCCAUGGGGAAUGCCAUUAUUGGGUCGGCUGCCGUGGAUCAGCGGGGGAUCGCCUGACGCGUAUUAUUUAUCGCUCAAUUCAAAAUAUGGUGACAUCUCAUCCGUGCGAUUGGGCAUCAAUCUUGUCGUAUGCAUCGGCUCUGCAACUACUUUGAGAGAUUUAUUCAACAGAUUCGAAUCCACAGGCCGCCCACAAACGCCUUUAAACAAUUUGAUGGGCGGAUUAGGUAUUGUACUGAGUGAGAACGUUCUGUGGCGACGCCAGCGCCACUUCCUGCACGACAAGUUCCGAGCGCUCGGAGUUAGCAUGUGGAAGCAUCAGCGACUGGAACAGAUCGUUAUGGGAGAAAUCGAUGAAAUGCUAAGCAAUAUUAAGAAGCGACUCGGCGAGCCUGUCGACCCGGUGUUAGUCCUCGGCAGGCACUUGCAUAACGUCAUCUGCCUGCUCACUAUGAGCUAUCGCUUCGAGGAAGGCGACAAGGAGUUCAUUGUAUUCAACGAGAGAAUCGCUAGAAGUAUGAAGCUUUACGGAUCUGUGCAUAUCGGAGAACAUCUGCCGUUUUAUCUUGUAUUGCCUGGCAAAAAGGCUGUGAUAGAAGAAAUCAAUCGAAAUCUAACAGACAUCAGUCAGUUCCAUGCGAGGCAUAUUGAAGAACGUCUCAAGAAGAGAAGUGAAUCUGGCAAACAAGAGUACAACGAUCUUCUGGAUUAUUAUCUAGAACAAGUUCAAAAGGAAAAAGAAGGAAAAUCUCCUACAAUUUUCCAUAAUGUUCAACCAGUUAGGCAGAUCGUGCAAGUCAUGAACGAUCUGUUCUCCUCCGGUAUGGAGACGUCUCGGAACACCGUUGUUUGGCUUUUGGUUAUGAUGCUGCGUGAAACAGUCGUCGCUGCGAGAGUCAAAGACGAGCUGGCGAAAGUGGUCGGCGUCGGGAACCUGGUGACUAUGGCGCACAGACAAAAGCUACCCUACAUUGAAGCUGUUAUCUACGAAACCUUGCGUCGAGUGUCUGUUGUGCCACUGGGAACUACCCAUGUUAACACUGAGGAUUGGGAAAUCAAUGGCUUAUUGAUACCUGCUGGUUCGCACAUUGUGCCACUGAUCAACAAAAUCAAUAUGGAUCCGGUAUUAUUUGUAGAGCCUGAAAAAUUCCUCCCUGAAAGAUUCUUGAAAGAUGGCAACCUGCAUCUACCUGAUUACUUCAUACCGUUCGGAGUUGGACGACGAAUUUGUUUAGGCAUUCACUUGGCAAGAAUUGAACUGUUUCUAUUUUUCACUAAUUUGAUGAAUCAUUACGAGUUUAGAUUGGCUGAGGGGGUAGAAUUACCAGGAUUAGAGGGUCAUGUUGGUAUUACACAUUCCGCACAGCCGUAUACUCUUGUUUUUCGUAAAUUUAAGGAAUAAAAAA